CAGAUGCAUUGUUACAUUUGUUUCACAUAUCUGAUGAUCAUAGCCACCGCUCACCCACCGAAACAUCGAGAAGCUUUCAAAUCAAUCGAGAAAAGGUCCAUAUUUAACGAUGUUAUUCAAUCACUAAGAAUCAGAUCACAGCUACCCGAAGAUAUAAACUUGAACGAUGAAAAUAAUAUAGGACAAAGUGACGAUAGAUACGGCUAUAACAAUGAACCUCUUCGGUUACCGAGUGACAUUGAAUUCAUGCCUCGAAGAAAUGAUAGAAUAGAAAUGCCAACCCUAAAAUAUAGAUUUCCGAAAAGCCUCACCAUAAACAAAAGUGAAAAUACAGAAAGUGCCAAAAAAGAAGUAGUAGUUUACAUAAAUACGCCAACGGAAUAUAAUGAUGUUCAAACAACUACCCAAAAGCCAAAGAAACAGAAACGUCCCAGACCAACUGUCGAUAGGAAUAAAGUUGUUAUCAAAAAUACAGAUGAAAAUGACAGUGAAGCAGAAAUAGAUACAUCUGACAAACCCUUUGUUAAUACGAUGGGAGGUCAAAGUCAAAUCGGUAACCGUGAAUCCCAGACUGUAGUGAAACCGACAGUGAUUGUUAACUUUAGAGGUUCAGUAAUGCAUAGAGAAAGUGAUAUAAAACUAGAAAAGCGAAAAACAAAGAACGAUACUUUGAUGCCUCAAAACAUUUUUAAUAUUAAACAAGAGAUAAACCUUGAAAGAAGUGACGGACUCAGUGAUAUUGGAGAUAUAAAAAAGUUACCUCCAAAAGUUAAGCAACACGUAAAUAUUGUUUCGAAUAAUGUAAAGGCGAGAAUUGAAGAAGACAUGAUGAUGUGUGAAACCGCAUCUUGGAAAGAAAAGGAAGGUAAAGAUCGUUCGGAUCGCAAGCAUGAUGUUUUGCAAAUACUUGUAUCAAUUUAA